GCCAACAACAGUGCCACGUCAGCAGUGCCACAGUGCCACGUCAGCAGUGCCCCGCCACCAUGACGGGCUCAGCUCUGGGCAUGCCAGGCCAACCGGCCAAUGAGUCCAUUGCCGAGUACCAACAGCGUUUCGAAGCUCAGCUCGCACUGAUCGAGGCUGAGGAACAACGUCAGGCGGAAGCCGAGGCUGCCCGCCUACAAGCUGAAGCGGCGGCAACAGUUGAAAAGCAGCGGCUUCAAGCCGAAGCCGAAGCAGAUACCCAGGCACACCGCAAGGAGGCCCAGGAUUUGUUACAGCGGCAUGAAGCCACCAGCAUCGAAAAGCUCAAGUUUUGGCAUUUUGAACCAUCUGAGCAGCACGACGAUGCGACACCGAAAGAGCAGCACAAGGAGUUCCUGGCUAAACUCGUGACCCGGUUGGUUUACACUUGUAACCACCUGCAGUCCGAGCUGGCGAAUCUCCGACGGGCGGUGUGGAACCACAAGGAUCUGCACGAGGAUGCUACACGGGCACUUGAUUCCCGUGUACAGGACUUGGAGCAAUCUGCACCAAGACCAGAUGUUGGCGAGUCCAGCAGUGCACCCUUUACCCGCCAAUUGGAGGAACGAGUUGACCACGUCAUCGCAAUGCUCAGCGACAUCAGCACCUUCGCUGCACCAGCCACCAUAAGCAAGCAGCUGGACACCUUGAAGACCGAGGUUCAGCAACUGCACCAACUGCCCAACAAGGAUGGCAACACCACGCAGCACUACAAGAUGCCGACAUUCCGCAUCGAAAAGUUCGAUGACUAUACGCAUCAAGACCCGGUCCCCUGGUGGGAGGGCUUUACGACGGAACUUCGGAUUCUUUUCAUCCCUGAGCACUCGUGCAUCGGCGCGCUAUUCCUCAACUCAAAGGGCGGAUGCCAGAUCUGGCUUAGCCAUCUGGCAACCAUCCACGGCGUCGACGUUGCCGAUCUGCACACGAAGAUACCUUGGGCAGAUCUGACGAAGCUAUGGAAGAAGCGGUUCAUCGUGGACGACGCCCCGACGCUCGCCAUCAACCGCCUCUUCGCGAUGACGCAAGGCAACACAUCGACACACGACUGGCUCACGGAAUGGCAAAAGAUCGCGGCGACGCCCGAUCUCGAAUUGCCAUUUUCGCAUCUGCGCCGGGAGUUCUACAACCGGUCACGUGCCGCCUUGAGCCUUGCACUUGGUGAUCGCGAGCAAUACGCGACCUUCGCCAAAAUCAUCGACAAGGCAAGGGAGAUCAUCAAGACCAAUAGGGCGGCUGCACACGAGAAGUCGGCAUGGCAGCCAACCUGUGUGGAAAAAGGAAAAUUUGGUCCGCGUCCGCAGCAUGUCGUUGCAGUCCACACGGACAACAUUGUGGAAGACCUGGCAGCCACCCAAGCAUCACGUGAGGGAGAUCAGGUGGCUGUUGUCCAGCCCGAGGAUCACCCGGUGAACUUCUACCGCCACACUGUUCACGUUCGUGACCGGAAUAGAGCACUAGUCCUAUGCACGGUGCCUCCUCCUCACCCUUCGAUCAGCUGCCACGUGGUGUUCGUUGCAAGCAUUCGAGUUUCCAUCAUCCGGGAUGACGUCGAGGAGAUGGGGGGGUGUUUUCUCCACGCCCUCCCGCCCCAAGACAUUCCAUCGACUGACUCACCACCGGACCCACGCAUCACCGAGCUUCUCGACGCCUACGACAACGUGUUCGAAACACCGCACGGAGUAGUACCGGAUCGGCCCAUCCGCCACGAGAUCAUCCUCGAGGACGGGGCCGUACCUCCGCGUGGUUGCAUCUACCGCAUGAGCGAGGAAGAGUUAAGUGUGCUAAGGGCACAACUCGACGAUCUUCUCGAGAAAGUCUGGAUUCGGCCUAGCUCUUCGCCAUACGGUGCUCCCGUUCUCUUCGUCCGGAAGAAGAACAAGGAGCUGCGGUUGUGCAUCGAUUAUCGCAAGCUCAACGCGCAAACCGUCAAGAACGCCGGCCCUCUUCCACGCAUCGACGACCUCCUCGAACGACUGGGCGGCGCCAAGUUCUUCUCCAAGCUUGACCUCAAAUCGGGAUAUCACCAACUCGAGAUCCGGCAGGAGGACCGCUACAAGACCGCGUUUAAGACGCGAUAUGGGCAUUUCGAAUGGCUGGUUAUGCCUUUUCGCCUUACGAAUGCCCUGACCACAUUCCAAGCGGCUAUGACAACGGAGUUCCGACACAUGCUAGAUAGAUUCGUACUCAUCUACCUCGACGACAUCUUGGUGUACAAUCGGAGUUUGGACAAGCAUGUGGAGCACCUGCUCACCGUUUUGGAGCGGCUACGACAAGCCAAGUACAAAGCCAACCGCAAGAGCUGGCUCUUGGAACAACAUGACGGUGACGACUGGCACCCUGUGGAGUAUUUCAGCCACAAAGUGUCUCCCAUCAAUUCACUUGAUGAUGCAAGGAAGAAGGAGCUGCUCGCAUUCGUAAUGGCUCUCAAGCGAUGGCGGCACUUCCUCCUUGGGCGUCGUAGGUUCACAUGGGUCACAGACAACAACCCAUUGACCUACUACAAGACGCAGAAUACGUGCACAGAAUUGAUGAACGGUGCUGAGUGCAAGAUCAGUGUGAAAGGAGCGGGUGAUUAUUUUGGCGAUUUAGCCAUGAUGUACACCAUGCCACGACCUGCUACGAUCAGAGCAUUAGAGGAAUCCUGUGUGUGGGUGCUAGAGCGACAGGGUAUCCGUAAAGCCCUGAGAGAGUUAUCCACACCAUCUACAACAGAGAUGGCCGCAUUAGUGAAAGAGAAUAGAGAGAGGAAAGAGCUCCUGAAGCAGGUGAAAUUGAAAGCAAUCGCAGAGGAGCAGGCGGCGAAAAUGAAGAAGUUGGAGGAGGAGAUGAAGGAGAAGAAAAAGGUUGCCGAGGAAGAAGCGGCAGCAGAGGAAGCAGAAGAGAGAAGAUAUAGGGAAGCAAAACGGGAGAGUAGUGGCACGACGAAUGAGGAUGCGGAGAUGGAGAAGAAGAUCAGUGAGUGCAUAGCUAAUUUAUCGUUGGGGGAAGAUGAGGAGGCACAGUUGUAUGUGCCGCAGGAGGAGAAGGAGGUGUUUGCCAGGGCACUAGCAACGAUUGAGGACCCCCUGGAACGACAGGAGACAGAUGAGGAGAAGAAGUUGGAGUGGAAGUUGAGAAUGAAGAGGGAGAAGAAGAGAAGGAGGGAGGAAGUUAAUCGGUUGACCACAGAGGUGGAGAAGGCCUGGCUGGAGGAACGCCAAGCCAACUGGGGUCAUGAUGUGGCCCUGAAUGCCAUGCGGUCAGGGUUUCGAGAGUUUGCAUGCGACAUGGUGACCCACAUUGGGGCCGAAGUCCGGCGGUUGAGAGAUAACGUGGGGAAGUUUUGUGAAGGCGCCAUUGAGGGUGCCAAAGCCGUUGCCACCGUCGAGAGCGAGGCCAGACCCCGCAAGGAACCAGUUAAGCUUAAGUUCCCAGACGCGUACGGCGGGAAGCCUGAGGAGAAUUUCGAUAACUGGGAGGCUAGCGUAAACAACUAUGUUUACUUACAGCAUAUUGUACAGGACGAACAGGUCCUUGUAGCCUUCCAAGCCCUCAAGGAGGAAGCAGCUAGUUUUGCUAGGUCUCUCGCGCGCGCGGCCGGUUGUGAAAACAACAUGGUCGCUUAUUCCAAGGUCAACCCCCUUCCUCAAUUCUUCAAGCUCCUCAGGGAGCGAUUCGCUGAUCUUCGCAGGGGCGUAAGAGCCUCUGACAAACUCCAAACCAUCCACUCACGGCAGUGGAGGAGUGCCAAGGCACUCAAGACCGUGAUGGACGACCUGGUGGCCGUCCCGGACCAUGGGGUGACUGAGUCCCAACUGGUCCGACUCUUCUAUCGUGCCAUACCAGAGCCCUUACGAGGGUAUUUCUUUGACAAAUCCCAACAGCCCACUAUGACGUAUGAUGCGCUGAGUAGAGAAGUGGUUCUGUUCGAAGCAAAGUCAAUGCCAUUUUCCACUUUCUUGCACAAACACUUAGACAAGGGCAAAAAGUGGAAAGGCCGUACCAUCUCUGGCCAAGUCAGGGCCAAGGAUCACAUGAUCCUUACAUUGGAGGAAGGUGGUACUGAUGAGGUCCCCUACAGCCAGAUUGAGUGGGAACUUGAGGAGGAGGACAGCAGCGUAGGACAGGGGAGGUCUGGAGGGAGGUCGCAGGGUAGAGGAGGAGGGCAGGGUCAAAGGGGCCAGGCCAUGGGAGGCCGAGGAUCGGGCACACAAGGGGUUGGUGGUCAAGGGAACCGUCAAGCGGGAGGUAGGGGUCAAGGUCCCCCGCCGAAUCGUCAAGGUCCCAGUCGGUCCCCACAGCGACGAGGUGGCAGGUCACCUCAAAGGAAGUUCGUGAGGAACUUCUCCACCAUUGUCGCUCCCUUGCGCAGGUUGCUCAAGAAAGAGACAAUCUGGCAAUGGGAUAAAAACUGUACGUCUGCGCUAAAGAAAUUAAAGCGCGCAUUGAUAAAGUAUCCUGUCCCCAAGGUAGCAGAUCCGUCUUUGCCAUUUGUCGUCACUACGGACGCAAGUCAGUAUGGGAUAGGUGUCGUAUUGCAGCAAGACGACGACAACGGCUAUAGACCCGUAGAGUUCAUGUCAGCGAGGAUGACCUCAGAGAAGGCUGCUACCUCGACUUAUGAGCGAGAACUCUACGCUCUCAGGCAGGCCUUAGAGCACUGGAAGCAUUACCUGCUUGGGAGGCACUUCAAAGUGUAUUCAGACCAUGAGACUCUUAGAUGGCUGAAGACACAGGCCACGAUGACACCUAAGUUGACUAGGUGGGCCGCUAAGAUAGACCAAUAUGACUUCGAGCUCAAACCAGUUAAGGGCAAGUACAAUGUAGUUGCGGAUGCUCUGAGUAGGAGAUCAGACUACUUUGGAGCCAUAGUUCACUAUCUGGACAUAGGGAGUGACCUGCAGGAGAAAGUUAGACAGGCGUAUGCGCAGGACCCUAUCUAUAGUGACCUCCUCAAGAGAGUUAAGGAGGGCCCAAAGACUGAGCCGGAUUACCGCACUACAGAGGGUUUACUAUUUGAGAAGACUAAUGUAGUAGACCGCCUAUGCAUUCCCAACAGUGAGGAAAUUCUCAGUUAGAUCCUAGGGGAAUGCCAUGAUACAGAGGGACACUUUGGUUGGCAAAAGACUUUGGCCAAUCUUAUGCACGAGUACACCUGGCCAGGAAUGAAAAUCGGUUGUCUGU